GUCUGCUGACUGGUUAUCCGCAGGGCCUCAACUUCCUCGCAGGCAUGAGCCUCCUGUGCGCUGGCGCGGCGCGGUGGGACGGGUCGGGCGAGGAGGCGCUGGAGGAGAAAGGCUUCUGGCUGCUGGCCCUGCUGCUGGAGGACGUGCUGGAUCCCGACUUCUUUGGCGCGGACGUGCGCGGCAAUCUCCAGAUGGCGUAUAUCGGGGGCCUCGGCGUGAGGACCCUCGUGGUCGAGCUGGCCCAGGCCCGCUGCCCCACCAUAUUCGCUGCGCUGGGCUCCGAGGCGUUCGCCAGCAGCCUCGGAUCGGUCCUUGACCAGUGGGUCCUGGCGCUCUUCGUCGGCAGCGUGCACCACCGCCUGCUGGAGCACCUGUGGGACCAGCUGCUGCUCUCCAGAGCAGAACGACGUCAGAGUCGGGGAGUCCACGUGCCGUGGGGCAUGGCGGUGAUCGCGUCCUUUGCGCUGGCCGCGCUGAAGUGCUGCGGGGAGCAGCGGUUUGCCAGCAUGGAGAUCCUCCGCCGACUCCAGCUGAUGAAGGAGGCUGGCAGUCCUCCGGAGACGCUGAGCUUGGAGGCCGGCGAGCUCAUCAUGGGCAUUCGCAGCACCCUACUGAAGUGGCCCGAGCAGGACGACGGCGUGCUGAAGCAGGAGGUUGCACAGAUACUCGUCGAGCUCGCGGGCGACAGCGCCAAGGCGGCGCAUCUGUGGGAGGCGGUGCGAGAGAGGAAGCAGCGCAUCGUCGCGAACGCGGGCGACUUCGACGAGCAGAUGAUGUCUCUGGCGCGCCGCACCCACUUCACGGUGCAGGAGAUCGAGCGCCUCCGGGAGGAGGUGCGGAAGCUCAACCCGGACGCAAAAGUCUCGUUCGCCAGGGGUGCGAAAGGCGCCCCCGAGGGCUGCGUCGCCGAGGCGCGGUUGGACCCCGCGACGUUCAAGCAG